CCAGGCAAAAAUUGGGAAGUCCUAUCUCACUAGAGCAACUCUUCUGUGGACGUGUGUGGCUGCCUCGGUCCCCUCUCCUCAUUUCAUCUCAGGUCACUACUCUUCCCUUCUGAGUCAUACUGACGACUUCCCUCCUGGCCUCUAGCCUCCUGACCACCUUUCUUCUCUUCCUCCCUGGCUGGUAGCAGUUUCUCAGUUGCCAGUCUCUCAGAGGCCUGCUUCUGUUCCAGUCAUGAGCACUUGGACAGCCCUUCUUCUGCUGAUGGCAUUUGUUUCGUCUCUGGGCUUCAACCUGGACACAGACAAGCCGACACAUUUCCAUGUGGAUGGUGCUGGGUUCGGACACAGUGUGGUCCAGUAUGACGGCUCCUGGGUGGUGGUUGGAGCUCCAAAGGAGGUCAGGGCCACUAACCAAAUGGGUGGCCUCUACCAAUGUGGCUAUCACACGGGCACGUGUGAUCCUGUCCGUCUCCAGGUGCCUCCAGCAGCUGUGAACAUGUCCCUGGGCCUGUCCCUCACUGCCACCGCCAACCCUCCCAGGCUGUUGGCCUGUGGUCCUACUGUGCACCACACAUGCAGAGAGAAUAUAUACUUGACGGGACUCUGCUUUCUACUGGCCUCAUCAAUGCUGCAGAACCAAAGGAUCCUGACUGCCCAGCAGGAGUGUCCAAAGCAGGACCAGGACAUCGUGUUCUUGAUUGAUGGUUCGGGUAGCAUCUCUUCCGACAACUUUAAAACAAUGCUGAAUUUUGUGGAAGCUGUGAUGAGCCAAUUCCAAGGAUCCAGCACACAGUUCUCCCUGAUGCAAUUCUCCGAUCGAUUUGAGACACAUUUUACUUUCAAACACUCCACUUCGAGACCUUUAGACCUGUUGAUCCGCGUACGGCAGCUGAGAGGGUUCACACACACGGCCUCGGCUAUUGAGCAUGUCACAACGCAGCUGUUCACUGCCCGAAAUGGGGCCCGGAAAGAUGCCACCAGGAUCCUCGUUGUCAUUACUGAUGGAAAGAAGGAAGGAGACAAGCGGGAUUAUGGUGACGUCAUCCCCCUGGCAGAUGCUGCGGGCAUCAUUCGUUAUGCAAUUGGGGUAGGACGGGCCUUUCACACGGUACAAUCCCAGCAAGAGUUAGAGAACAUUGCGUCGAAGCCUUCCCGAGAACACAUCUUCAGCGUGGAGAACUUUGACGCUUUGAAGGACAUUCAGAAGCAGCUGAAGGAGAAGAUCUUUGCCAUUGAGGGUACGGAGACAGCAAGCAGCAGUUCUUUUGAACUGGAGAUGUCCCAGGAGGGCUUCAGUGCUGUAUUUACACCUGGUGGGCCAGUUCUGGGAGCUGUGGGAAGCUUCGGGUGGUCUGGAGGUGCCUUCUUAUACCCCCCAAAUAUGAGACCCACCUUCAUCAACAUGUCUCAGGAGAAUGUGGACAUGAGGGACGCUUACCUGGGUUACUCCACCGCACUGGCCUUUUGGAAGGGGGUCCACAGCCUGGUCCUGGGGGCCCCUCGCCACCAGCACACGGGGAAGGUUGUCAUCUUUACCCAGAAAUCCAGGCGAUGGAGGCCCAAGUCUGAAGUCAGUGGGACACAGAUCGGCUCCUACUUUGGGGCCUCCCUCUGCUCUGUGGACAUGGAUAGAGAUGGCAGCACUGACCUGGUCUUGAUCGGAGCCCCCCAUUACUAUGAGCAGACCCGAGGGGGGCAGGUAUCUGUGUGCCCAAUGCCCAGCGGGAGGAUCAGGUGGCAGUGUGAGGCCACGCUCCAUGGGGAGCAGGGCCAUCCUUGGGGCCGCUUUGGGGCAGCCCUGACAGUGCUAGGGGACGUGAAUGGGGACAGUGUGACAGAUGUGGCUAUUGGUGCACCUGGAGAGGAAGAGAACAGGGGUGCUGUGUACAUAUUUCAUGGAGCCUCGAAACUGGACAUCAACCCCUCGCCCAGCCAGAGGAUUUCAGGAUCCCAGCUCUUCCCCAGGCUCCAGCAUUUUGGGCAGUCACUGAGUGGGGGUCAGGACCUCACCCAGGAUGGACUGGCGGACCUGGCUGUGGGAUCUAAGGGACGGGUGCUGCUGCUCAGGACCAGGCCGAUCCUUCGAAUGUUAUCGACUAUACACUUCUCACCUGCAGAGAUCGCCAGGUCUGUGUUUGAGUGUCAGGAGCAGGUGACCUCUGUCCAGACACUGGGAGAUGCCACUGUCUGCCUUCAAGUUUAUGAAAGCCCCAAGACCCAGCUGGGUGACCUCCAAAGCUCUGUCACCUUUGACCUGACCCUAGACCCUGGCCGCCUGAGUCCUCGUGCCGUCUUCAAGGAAACAAAGACCCAAGCUCUGACCCGAGUUAAAACUCUUGGUCUGAGCAAGUACUGUGAAACCGUGAAGUUGCUCCUCCCGGCCUGUGUGGAGGACUCAGUGACCCCCAUCACUUUGCGCCUCAACUUCUCUCUUGUUGGCUUGCCCAUCCCUUCCUACCGAAACCUUCAACCCAUGCUGGCUGUAGAUGAGCAAACGUACUUCACGGCCUCUCUUCCCUUUGAGAAGAACUGUGGAGCUGAUCACAUCUGCCAGGAUGACCUUGGCAUCAUCUUUGGCUUCCCAGACUUGAAGACCCUGGCGGUGGGAAGUGACCUGGAGCUGGAUGUGGGUGUGACAGUGUCUAACGAUGGGGAAGACUCCUAUGGAACCACAGUCACUUUGCUCUACCCAGUGGGCCUGUCCUUCAGACGAGUCGCAGGAGGCCAAGUACUCUACCGGGGGACGGAAGAGAACCAACGGCGGCAGCGUGCCCUGCACCUCACAUGUGACAGCACUCCAAGCAGGAGCCAGGGCCUCUGGAGGACCAGUUGCCGCAUCAGCCACAUCAUUUUCCGAGGAGGUGCACAGAUGACUUUCUUGGUAACUUUUGAUGUCUCCCCGAAAGCUGCGCUGGGGGACCGGCUGCUUCUAACAGCCAAAGUGAGCAGUGAGAAUGACACACCUGAGACCAAAAAAACCACCUUCCAGCUGGAGCUCCCAGUAAAGUAUGCUGUGUACACGGUGAUCAGCAGCCACGACCAGUCUACCAAGUAUCUCAACUUCUCGGCCUCAGGAAAGGAGAAGAGCAGUGUGGCCGAACACAGAUACCAGGCAAGCGUGGGGACUUAGGAGGGCGGGAACUGGUGAGUA